AUGCCAUUGAUCAUGGAGCAAGGCAUUAAUGUCGAUGAUCUCUUUGGCGAGUCCGGUUCACUCGAACUGGGCUUGCCCACCGCUCCACCCCAGACCAAAGGUCUAGCACAAUGCCAGGAUGAGAUGCGUCUAUUAGGAUGCAGACAGAAGAUUGCCUGGUCCCGAAUGGGAUGUAUCGCAUAUAUCUCCCCAGAUGGACUACGAGUUAGUGUUCGCAAUUUGAAGUGUGAUUCUUCAGAUGGGAAAUGGGUACUGAGUGAGGAAACUCCCCUCCCGCCUAUUACAGAUGCCCAUGGUGGUCAUCCGCUCGUCCAUUUAUCCUGGAAUGAGACUGGUACCGAGAUGGCUGUCGUGGACUACCUGGGAAGAAUUUCCAUUUAUUCCCUAUCAUUUUCAUUGAAUAGUAUCACGGGAGUGCGGCCGGUUCAUUAUGAUUCUGGGGAUGACAGUAACCAAAUAGUUGGUAUGAUGUGGCUGAACAUCCCCAAUCGCUCGCUUCAAUCUUUUCACCAAGCAGCAAAGGUCAAUGGCCGAUGGGCUUAUUCGCCAUUUCGUCGCCGCCCAAUUGGCCCCUUCCACCCGGCCAAUAAAAAUGCUCUGAUUUGCGUGACCAGAGCAGGCCAAAUUCGUCUCCUGUAUCAAAAUCCAGACAGUAAAUGGACGGAACUUCCAGCAGAGUUGAAGAAUACCGGCUAUUCCGACAGGUUACUGAGCCAUGCUUCGAUUGUAGCAACUCAAAAUGGUAUCAUCGUUACGACUUAUUCAGUAUGCCAAAAAGUCUCCCUUUAUCGGGUCAACAUCACCUGGAACCCAGACAAAUGGGACAACCAGAACCCCAAACCCCCAUUUCCGAUCCCAACUUUCCGCUUCCAGCAUUUCAAGAUUGACAUGCCGAGUAGCAGCUUGAGCGUUAAUCGGGGUGUCGAGGAGCAUGUUCAGCAAAUGCCGUUCCCCAAUCCCAUUUAUUCCCUCACUCACCUUGAAAUAAUGCCUGGCCAAAUCGAUAGCCCGGCAGGAUCAACAGCCAGUCCGUGGAUUCUGGCAGUAUUUUCCAAGCCUCUUCAUGCCACACCAGAAUACCCAGAUCAACAAGGACCUGCGAGUGUGAUUGUGCGAUGGCAACUAGAGAGCGCCCCUCAGAUUUUCCAUCCAAAGUUUGACGAAGUAACAGCGAAAAAGAGCAAUACGCAAGUCAAGUCCAAACCUGAUCUACGUCGAUUGGACGAGAUUCAUUGCGAUAGAUAUAUCAUUUCGGUCAACAUGGUAGAGCACGGAACUGCUCUUGCAAUCACCCACGAUGACAGCUCAGUCACAUUCUAUGACACACGAACAAUGUCUGUUCUCAACGGAUCGGAUGACACCAGUACCGUGACUUGUCUGGCACAAGCAGGCUUCCAUUACAACAUGGACUCGACAGGUGUCGCCAUUGCAUUCUCUCCUAAUUCUUGCGUUGCCGUUAUGCUGGACGCGGAGGGACAAACACAUAUCAGAUCCAUGGAACAUACGUUUGGCGCUAAUGAGGGACUUUACGACGAGACCAAAUUUUCAUCCGCUAUUGCGGCACUGACACUUGCCUUUAGUCGUGGCUGUGGAUCGGAAGUUAACACAGAUGACAUUUUCAUGGUUGCCCUGAAAUUACUCGGACCUGAAGCACAACAGACUUUCAUCAGUGAGGUGUACCGUGCUUUGCCAAUUAAUUGCAAUUUCACGGUCGAAACAGAUCAGCUGUUGAAACACCAAUAUAUCCCUCGAUGUUUGGGCCUACAAGCUGCCAUGGGCUUUAGGGGCAGACUUCAACCUCGCAGCCUCCCGUCAGCUGUUCCAUGGGCUAUCAUUCAGCUUCGUCAUGCUGCCAUCCUCAUUCUAUAUUUCUUCCAGCAUGGAAACAAAGUACAAAGCGAGGUCCAUGAUCCAGAGGUGUUAAAAGUGAUACUGGGCAACAUAAAAUGGGUGCUGGACUUCUCACACUGGAUCCUGAGUGAGAUGUUCGAUCUAGCCGAUGAAUUCGAAAGCAUCACAGACCAAGAGGGCUUCAUGCAAAAAUUAAAAACCGUGAACUCCACCUCCCUCCUAGUUCUCCUCUCAAGCAUGUCUCGCGCCUUUCUCCGCUUCGUCUGCCGGGGUCUCCGUGGCGUCCACGCUGGAUUCACAAAACUCAAUCUUACAGGUCUCCCCAUCGACUCAAGAGUUUACUACACAGAGAUUUGCCAGACCCUCGAAGCCUCCCCCGUCCGUAUAGAUGUCUACGAGAAAUUCCUAGCAGGCGUUGACUCCGCCGUGAAACACGCCUACCAAGGAUCCGGCUUUGGCGACGCCGAACGACCAACACCAGAAAAGGAAGUUCUGGUCAACGCACGUAUUCCUCCCGUUCUCGUCACGGCUGUUGCAACCCUUCUUCGACAAACUAUCCCAUCUCUGAAAUCAGAGAUCAAUCGCAAGGAUAUUCUUUUGCGAGAUUAUAGCUGGCUUGGUUUUGGUGAUUAUCAACGCACAGCUAUGUACCGAAAGAAUCGCGACGUGGAUAUCUUGAAGAAAACGCCGCUAAGGCCGCCGCUUGCUGUGGGUAGGAGCGGGAGGGUUAUGCCGGCGAAGAAGAGGAGGUGUGUGCGAUGCUGUGAGGUUUCUGGGGAUUCGGUGUUGCCGAAAUCUGUGAUGUUCUUUAGGAUGGUUGCGAAGUUGAGUCUCUUGCGAUCUUGUCCGUGUGGGGGAAUGUGGAUGCUGGAGUUGGAGUCGGAGUCUGUGGGUGAGAAGGUUGAGGGAUCGGGUUACUCGCUGGGUCAGCAGCAUGUUGCGAGGACACCGGCUGGGAUGCAUGUUUAG